AUGCAGAUCUUCGUAAAGACCCUCACCGGAAAGACCAUCACUCUCGAGGUCGAGAGCUCUGAUACCAUUGACAAUGUCAAGGCUAAGAUCCAAGACAAGGAAGGGAUCCCUCCCGACCAGCAGCGCCUGAUCUUCGCGGGCAAGCAGCUCGAGGACGGCCGAACCCUCUCUGACUACAACAUCCAGAAGGAGUCGACCCUUCACCUCGUCCUCCGUCUUCGUGGCGGUAUGCAGAUCUUCGUGAAGACGUUGACCGGCAAGACCAUCACGCUCGAGGUUGAGUCCUCCGACACUAUCGACAACGUUAAGGCCAAGAUCCAGGACAAGGAGGGUAUCCCGCCCGACCAGCAGCGUCUUAUCUUCGCCGGAAAGCAGCUCGAGGAUGGCCGUACCUUGUCCGACUACAACAUCCAGAAGGAAUCUACCCUUCAUCUCGUCCUUCGUCUCCGUGGUGGUAUGCAGAUCUUCGUGAAGACGCUCACCGGCAAGACCAUCACUCUUGAGGUCGAGUCGUCGGAUACCAUCGACAACGUCAAGGCUAAGAUCCAGGACAAGGAGGGCAUCCCGCCUGACCAGCAACGUUUGAUCUUCGCCGGCAAGCAGUUGGAGGAUGGUCGUACCCUCUCCGAUUAUAACAUCCAGAAGGAGUCCACCCUUCAUCUCGUUCUUCGUCUGCGUGGUGGUAUGCAGAUCUUCGUCAAGACUCUGACCGGCAAGACCAUCACUCUUGAGGUCGAGUCUUCCGACACCAUCGACAACGUCAAGGCCAAGAUUCAAGACAAGGAGGGCAUCCCUCCCGACCAACAACGUCUCAUCUUCGCCGGCAAGCAGCUCGAGGACGGUCGCACUCUUUCGGACUACAACAUCCAGAAGGAGUCCACCCUCCAUCUCGUCCUUCGUCUCCGCGGUGGUAUGCAAAUCUUCGUGAAGACGCUCACUGGCAAGACGAUCACUUUGGAGGUCGAGUCUUCGGACACGAUUGACAACGUGAAGGCUAAGAUUCAAGACAAGGAGGGCAUCCCACCCGACCAACAACGUCUUAUCUUCGCCGGCAAGCAGCUCGAGGACGGUCGCACUCUUUCGGAUUACAAUAUUCAGAAGGAGUCCACCCUCCAUCUCGUUCUUCGUCUUCGCGGUGGUAUGCAGAUCUUCGUCAAGACUCUGACCGGCAAGACCAUCACGCUUGAGGUCGAGUCUUCCGACACCAUCGAUAACGUGAAGGCUAAGAUCCAGGACAAGGAGGGCAUCCCCCCGGACCAACAGCGUCUUAUCUUCGCUGGGAAGCAGUUGGAGGACGGGAGGACGCUCUCGGACUACAACAUCCAGAAGGAGAGCACCCUUCACUUAGUUCUUCGUCUUCGUGGUGGUCUAUAA